ACUAGUGUUUAUAAUCCCUAACCACGCGGCAGUGACGAAAUUGUCAAUGAAUAAUGUCGGAGCUCUGCACCAGCUCAUCAAGUCUCUCAGUUCGCGGGAGCAGGUGACAGAAACUGCUGGACCAACCGAGCGAUGGUCUACAGUACCUUUCGUCUCCACGAAAGCAAUACACGCUCAUCUUCUUUUGGAAAUAGUGCGACUUGGGAAAAGUCUGUCCGGUCGGUAGUGUAGCCUAUUUGGAGGAUCGCUGUGAGGCUUCAGCAUGAAAUCCUUCAAAUAUCCUUCACACACUCUUUUGGGAUUAACCGUCAUUUUCCUUUUCCUUCAAAACUCCAGGGUGGAAACCGAAGCAGCACCGAUGAUGGCUAGCAGGGCGAUGGCAGAUGGUUGCCCUCUUGGCCAGUUCCCUUGUGGGAACAUGAGUGUGUGUUUGCCGCAGGUCCUUCAGUGUAAUGGCCACAGAGACUGCAAAAACGGAGCAGAUGAGGAACACUGCGGGGACAACAGCGGAUGGGCGGAUAUUUUUUAUCGCACCAUAAAAAAGGCAGAGCCACAGGACCUUCCCAAUGACUGCUUUCUGAAGGAGUACCCAGAGAGCUGUGAUUGCAUUAAGACAGAGGUGGAAUGUGUGGACAAGAACCUUUAUGUCGUGCCCGUCUUCCCCUCCAAUGUGACUUGGUUGUCUCUGAAGAACAAUAGGAUUAGGAUUUUGGAUGAUCACAUCUUCUCCAAAUAUACACAACUGCAGAGACUCUUUCUUCAGAACAACACUAUUCAGACGGUCUCAAGCCAUGCCUUCAGUGGACUAUUCACUCUAGAAAGAUUGUUUCUGAGCCAAAACCAAAUAACCUAUUUAGGCCCGGGCGUAUUCAGAGAUCUGCACAAAUUAAACUGGCUAGUCUUGGAUCACAAUCCACUUAAAAGCAUUAUCCAUGAUGCGUUCAUCGGUUUGAGGUUGCUGACAUUUCUAUCUAUGGUGAACACGUCCUUGAUAUGGCUGCCCAACUCGAGUCUCUGUCAGCACAUGCCCAAGCUCAGCUGGCUGGACUUUGCUGAGAACCACGUUGAGUUGCUGAAUAUUUCCACUCUGAUGACAUGCACCGAGCUCACAGUGCUAUCACUGCAUGACAAUAAAAUCAAGAUCCUUCCAGAAAGCACAUUUCAUUCUCUUGGAUCUUUGGUUGAGCUAGAUUUGUCUUGCAACAGACUUUCUGACCUUCCGAAAAACACUUUCAAGAGUUUAAAAUGUCUGCAGAAACUGAACAUAUCCCACAAUCCUGCUCUCCAUAUUCAUGCCAGUCACUUCAAUCAUCUGGUACAAUUGGAGUCUUUAAGUCUGGAGGGAAUUGAAAUUCCUGACAUAACCACCAAGAUGUUUCUUCCCAUGGGAAACCUGUCCCACAUAUAUUUUAAGGAUUUUCAGUACUGUUCCUACGCCCCACACGUUCGGAAAUGUAAACCUAACACCGAUGGGAUUUCAUCAGUUGAAGACCUGUUAGCCAGCCUGAUUCUGCGGGUGUCCGUCUGGGUGAUGGCCUUCAUCACCUGCUUCGGGAAUCUCUUCGUCAUCGGAAUGCGUUCCCUCAUUAGAGCGGAGAACACCCUGCAUGCAGCCUGCAUUAAAGUCCUGUGUUUUGCUGACUGUCUGAUGGGAGUCUAUCUCUUCUUCCUGGGGAUAUUCGACGUGAAAUUUCGUGGCGAAUAUAACCGGAACGCUCUCAUCUGGAUGGACAGCGUGGAAUGCCGAACAAUUGGCUUUCUUGCCAUGCUCUCCUCUGAAGUAUCUGUUCUCCUCCUCACCUACUUGACGCUGGAGAAAUUCUUAGUCAUCGUUUUCCCUUUUAGCCAUCUGCGGCCAGAGAAGGUGCAGACGGUGUUGGUGCUGGCCUUCAUCUGGCUUCUGGGAUUUGUCAUAGCAGCUGUUCCCCUGCUAAAUGACGACCUGUUUGGGAACUAUUAUGGCCGAAAUGGAGUUUGUUUCCCUCUGCACUCUGAUAGACUGGAGAAACCAACAGCCAAAGGAUACUCCACGGGGAUAUUUCUUGGUCUUAAUCUGGUGGCGUUCUUGGUGAUUGUCGUUUCUUACUCCAGUAUGUUCAUUUCCAUUUAUAAAACUGGCAUCAAUACCACAGAUGUGCGCAGUCGGCUUCACAAAGAUGUGGCUGUGGCCAACCGCUUUUUCUUUAUUGUGUUCUCUGAUGCCCUCUGCUGGAUACCCAUAUUUUUGGUCAAAACACUCUCUCUUCUAAAAGUUGAGAUUCCAGGGACGAUAAACUCCUGGGUGGUGAUCUUCAUUCUUCCUAUCAACAGUGCCCUUAACCCCAUCCUCUACACCCUGACCACCAGCUUCUUCAGAGAGCAGGUGGAGCUUCUCCUUUGCCGCUGGCAGCAACACUCGGCGUCAAAGAAAGGCCGCAAGAGUCUCACCAGCUCCACCAUCUACAUGGACCCCUCUCGAAAUGCAGAAUACCCUGCAAAAAUAUCCUUGCCACGACUGUCUUUAGCAGACAUGGAUAACCAAUAUGGGUGAAAGAGCCAGUGAGUAAAAGGAUCAUAGUAUUGGAUAAUCAUAAUCUAUCUAUGGUCAGAGAGGAGAAUGAAGGUCUUUCCUGGAACAAUUGAAGUAAAAGGAUGGCACUGAUUCCUGCUGUUUUUGUUCCAAUAUGGAGUGCUCUUUCUAGACACAUGACUCUAGCUUUGAUGUUUUCUCCAUUAGUAAAAGCUUUCUUGAACACUUCAGCUAGAGCCUCGAACGUCCGUUUUCACCCUAAACGCCAUAGCCCUUAAGCCCGGGCUUGUUGUUUGACUCAAAAGAUUUUAAAGAAGAAAAGCUAUGACUACUAAACCAGUAUUUACUGAAGACCACAUCUUUGAGAGAUCAAAUGACCUUUAAAGCAUCAUUUCUAUGAAGGACAAAUUUGUACAUUUUCUAUGGAGAUGUGUGAAAAUUUUGAGAUUGAAUUCGAGAGGUUAUUUGUAAUGUACAGCAAACGGAUUCAUGCUUGCUUUGCCAUUUCACAGAAAACACUCAAAGUUGUCUUUGGUCAACAAACUAGUUGACUGUUUACUGAACAGAAGCGUGCAAUCAAGAUGAAGAGGUGCUUUUCAUUCAUCUGUAUAAGCUAAUACAUUGUUUUUGUUUGUUCUUUGUCAUUUUUUAACAACAAUGCAAACGCAUUUUAUUUUUAUACUCAUGUAGACUAUUUAUAAGGUGGAUUUUUCUACAUGCAAACAUUCAAAGCUGUAAAUAUGUGCAUAGUCCGAAGACUUGUGGAAUUUGUCAAGCAAUAUAAAAUUGACAAUCUGACAAGGAUUUUCUUAUUUCGUAUUAGUAUAGUAUUGUGUUUGUGCAAUUUUACAUAAAAAAGCAUGGAUUGGACUAUAAAAAGAUCUUUUUUAAGGGGGGGGGGGUUCUGAUGACAUUGAACAUAUUGUUA